GCCGCCCUCUGCGCCGUGGCCGUCCUGGUGGCCGUGGCCGCGGACGUGGCCGUGCCGGGCGGCGCUAGCGCGGCGGCCCUGCUGCCCCCGCACCACCAGGCCGCCGAGCCGGCCCCGCCGUCGCUGCGCUACGAGGCCCCCAACGACUGCCAGUGGUGGGUGCGCGACAACGUCCAGGACGAGGUGUCGCUGGCCUGCAAGCUGCGCACCAUCAACUCCGAGUUCGACAAGACCAACUUCAGCGUCAUCCCGUCGGAGCACACCACGUCGCUACGCAUUGAAUGCAGUGACGCGCUCAUGUCACGCAGCUCGCUAGACGACCGCGGCUUCUCGCACCUCGUCCGGCUCCGCGAGCUCAUCCUGGAGAGCUGCAAGUUGGCCAAGUGGCCACGCGGCGUGCUGUCCGGGCUGUGGGACCUCCGCAACCUGACCGUCAACACCCGCAACACCGACUGGACCGACAUGAGCCUCGAGCUGGCGGCCGGCAGCUUCGAGGCCGUGCCCAAGCUCGAGCGCCUCGACCUGAGCUACAACAACAUCUGGUCGCUGCCGGACAGCCUGUUCUGCCCGCUCAGCAACCUGGUCAGUCUCAACAUGAGCCACAACAGGCUGCAGGACGUCGGCGAGCUGGGCUUCCGCGAGAAGACGCCGCCGGCCCUGCCGCUCAUCAGCUCGCCCGAGCAGGCCGACGUGGCCACCAUCGCCACCGCGCUGCGCCCGUCCUCCGUGUCCUGCCUGCUGGACGUGCAGGUCCUGGACGCCUCCUUCAACCACUUCGUGCUCAUCCCGGCCAACGGCUUCAGCCUGCUGCGCCGCGUGCGCGAGCUGCACCUCCAGAACAACGAGAUAUCCAUGGUGACGGACCGCGCGCUCGCCGGCCUCAAGAACCUGCAGGUCCUGGACCUGUCCAACAACAAGAUCGUCGCGCUGCCCGGCGACAUGUUCCGCGAGUGCGCCGACGUGGUCAAGGAGAUCUACCUGCAGAACAACUCCAUCAGCGUCCUGGCGCCGGGUCUGUUCGGCGGCCUGGAGCAGCUCCUGGCCCUGGACUUGUCCAGGAACCACCUGUCAAGUGCCUGGAUUAACUCAGGUACCUUCUCAGGUCUGAUCCGGCUUGUGCUGCUCAACCUGUCCCACAACCGCAUCUCCAAGCUCGAGCCCACCCUGUUCAAGGACCUGUACACCCUGCAGAUCCUGAACCUGGAGCACAACCAGUUGCACACUAUUCCGGCCGAGACGUUCGCCCCCAUGAACAACUUGCACACUCUUAUCCUGUCGUACAACCUCAUCAAGUACCUGGACGCCUACUCCUUGAACGGACUGUACGUGCUGAGCCUGCUGUCGCUCGACAACAACGUCAUGGAGAGCACCCACCCCGACGCCUUCAGGAACUGCAGCAGCCUGCAGGACCUGAACCUGAACGGCAACGCCCUGACCUCGGUGCCCCUGUCCCUCAAGGACAUGCGCCUGCUGCGCACGGUCGACCUCGGCGAGAACUCCAUCACGAGCCUGGACGAGCCCGGCUUCAAGGGAAUGACCAACCUGUACGGCCUGCGGCUCAUCGGCAACCAGCUGACCAACAUCAGCAAGAAGUCGUUCGUGGAGCUGCCGUCGCUGCAGAUUCUGAAUCUGGCGCGAAACAAGAUCAAGCAGGUGGAGAAAGGGGCGUUUGACACCAACAGCAACCUGCAGGCCAUCCGGCUCGACGCCAACGUCAUCACGGACAUCACGGGCCUGUUCGUGGACGUCAACAGCCUGCUCUGGCUCAACAUUUCUGACAACCACCUGGAGUGGUUUGACUACGCCCUGGUGCCCCGCGGGCUGCAGUGGCUCGACCUGCACAAGAACCACAUCACAGAGCUCGGCAACCACAACGGUCUGGACUCGGAGCUGCGGCUGCAAACUUUGGACGCAAGUUUCAACAAACUGACACGCGUCACUGCCGCCACCAUUCCCAACAGUGUAGAGCUGCUGUUCCUCAACGACAACCUGAUCCAGAGCGUCGAGUCCCAGACGUUCGUCGGCAAGGUGAACCUGACCCGGGUCGACCUGUACGCCAACCAGAUCGUCAGCAUGGACCUUAACGCCCUGCAGCUGACCGUCGUGGACAAGGACCGGCCGCUGCCCGAGUUCUACAUCGGCGGCAACCCCUUCCAGUGUGACUGCACCAUGGAGUGGCUGCAGCGCAUCAAUAAACUGGACCACCUCCGCCGGCACCCGCGCGUCAUGGACCUGGAGAGCAUCUACUGCAAGCUGCUGUACAACCGCGACCGCACCUUCAUCCCCCUGGUGGAGGCCGAGCCGUCCCAGUUCCUGUGCACCUACAAGACCCACUGCUACCCGCUGUGCCACUGCUGCGACUACGACGCCUGCGACUGCGAGAUGACGUGCCCGUCGAACUGCACCUGCUACCACGACCAGUCCUGGUCCGCCAACGUGGUCGAGUGCUCCGGCGCCGGCUACACCGAGAUGCCCAGCCGCAUCCCCAUGGACGCCACCGAGGUCUACCUGGACGGCAACAACUUCGGCGAGCUGUCCAGGCACGCCUUCAUCGGCCGCAAGAACUUAAAGGUGCUGUACGCGAACAACUCCAACAUCGCCGCCAUCCACAACAACACCUUCGGCGGGCUGCGGCGGCUGUCCGUCCUGCACCUGGAGAACAACCACAUCCAGGAGCUGCUGGGCUUCGAGCUGACCUCCUUGGAGGACCUGCGCGAGCUGUACCUGCAGGCCAACAAGAUCCACCACAUCGACAACCGCACCUUCCUGGGCCUGUCCAAGCUGGAGGUGCUCCGUCUGGAGGGCAACCGGCUCGUGGCCUUCCCCGUGUGGCAGCUCAGCCUCAACCCCUACCUGGUGAACAUCGGCCUGGGCGACAACGAGUGGUCUUGCGACUGCCUGUACAUCCAGAACUUCCAGUCCUGGCUCAUGGACAACCUCAACAAGACCUCGGAGCCGCACCGCAUCGGCUGCGUGUUCAACGGGCGGCGCGUGGGGCCGUCCUUCGCCAGCCUCAACGCCACGUCCUGCGCGGCCUUCACGGGGGGCUCGCCGUCGCUGGCCGACCCGCUCAUCAACGACUACCUGCCGCUGGUGCUGGUGACGCUGUGCGUGUUCGCGGCCUGCUCCUUCCUGCUGUGCGUGGCCUUCUUCUACCGGCGCGAGCUCCGCGUGUGGGUGUACUACCGCUGCGGCCUGCGCAUGUGCUACAAGACGACGGCCUUCGACGAGGAGCAGGACCGCGACCGCCUGUUCGACGCGUACGUCAGCUACAGCAUCAAGGACGAGGCCUUCGUCAGCCAGGUGCUGUCGUCCGGCCUGGAGCAGGGCGACCCGUCCUACCGCCUGUGCCUGCACUACCGCGACUUCAACGUGAGCGCCUACGUGGCGGACACCAUCGUGGAGGCCGUCGAGUCCUCGCGGAGGACCAUCAUGGUGCUGUCGCAGAACUUCCUGCACUCGGAGUGGUGCCGCUUCGAGUUCAAGUCGGCGCUGCACGAGGUGCUCAAAGACCGGCGGCGGCGCCUCAUCGUGGUGCUGCUGGGCGAGCUGCCGCAGAGGGACCUGGACCCCGACCUGCGGCUCUACCUCAAGACCAACACCGUCAUCGAGUGGGGCGACCGGCUGUUCUGGCAGAAGCUGCGCUUCGCCAUGCCGGACGUGAAGCGAAGCGGGGGCGGCGGGCGCGGCGCCACGCGGCCGCACCACCACCACCCCCGGGCCGCCGUCAACCUGUACUCGGCCACCACGCCGCUGCACUUCGAGCGGCCCCCCAUCCCCCCGCCCCCCAACGUGCACGGGCCGGGCGGCAAGGUGCCGCCGGUACCGCCCGCCUUCCUGCGCCAGGCCAACAACCUGACGCUGCAACACCAAAGACACCCGCCCCACCAACCCCUGUGGGCGUAGCCUAGCGCCGCGUAGCGUAUUGCGGGUACUAAUUCGCCCCAGGUAAGGCUGUACCAACUGCCCCCAGUGGUGCACGUGGAAGGGGAGCGGUGAGAAAAAGACUCUAGGCCAGAGAUUAUGUUUUCUACAAGACAUUUCCUUCGCCUUCUAUCCAGUCAUUAGUGUAACUUGGCUAAAAAUCUUAGGCUGUGAACUGCAAAAUAUUCCUAUCUUUUUUUGUAUGUGAUGUUCGUGUUUGUUGUGGUUGUGUAGUUGAGAGUGUGUGUGGAACGCCCUCCGAUACUCUGCAAACACAAAAGACUUUUUUGUAAGUGAAAGGGGUAGGAUGAAUGUAUGCAUGUGUGAGUGUGUGUCUGCGUGAGUGCGUGUGUGUGAGAGUGAGCGAGCAUGUGCGAGUGAGGAACAAAGGCCGAGAAAGAAAGUGGGCAGUGGUGCCUGGGCCCCGCCGCCCCGCCCCAGCCACAGUGGAGGUGGCGUGAGAACUAAUAGUCUGUUAACCCCUGCCGCCCCGCCCGGCCCGUUUCUUUAAUUGCUAAUGUUCUGGCGGCCAACAAAAUGCGACUCACAGUAUGAACUGCAGUGAGUCUCACUUUGUUGGUCACAUGAUCGCAGGUGUAAAAUGGCUAAUGAAUUAGUAGUUAUUUUGUUGUGGUUUCUCUCCAUGUUUUUGUUCAGGGUUGAGCAAAUUGUUUCUUUUUUGUGAGAAUCAGGGAAACCUUACUCUCUCAUGAAAACAGCCCGGUAGAAAAAUUGACUUAGUCAAUAUAAUUGUUUCAUUCAUUCAUGAGAGAGCUCUGAGUUACCAAUAGGCUUAAAAGACAAUUAUUUAAUUAUUUGUUCUUGUUAUUUUUUGUGUUUUGUUUGAAAGCAAUGAUACGUGGUGGACUUUUUUGAUUGCUAGCUCUGUUUUGUUUUGUUAAAUCAUCGAGUCCUAAGUCCAAUUUCGAAUUAUGAACUGUGGUAAAUUUCCUUAAUGACAGUAUCGUCGGGUUACACGGUAUAUUUGUAAGAACCGCUUUAUCUUUUUCAAAUAAUCCACCACACGAAACUCUAGAAUUUUUUAUCAUCGAAUAUUUUGGUCAGAAGGUACUUGCAAAAAUUAUUUGUAGAGACGUGCCAUAUUCUGUUCUUGCUUUUACAUUUUGUACUUAACAGUAAUUGUUUAGAACACGACUGAAUUUAUGAGAUAUACUUGAGUUGGAGCACUAAUUAUUUGCAUUUAUGAGUUCAUGUUGUUCAUAGUAAAAUUUUGCUCAUAUUAUGUUGCGAUUGUGAAUCUUACUAAUAAUGUCUCCUCACUUAAGAAAGAGUGGAAACCAAAGUUUUCAGUGUAACAUGCAUUUCAGAAAAAGGACCAGUGUAAUAGGGCAGCGUCAAAAAAUAAAACUAGCACUCAGCUCACAACUGAUUGAGUGGAUGACAGGUGUCAAUCCGAUUUUGGUUCUAGAUUGAGCAAUAUUUGUCAACAGUUACUCUGUUAUAGUUAGUUCAAAAUUAUAACUAUUCCAUUUGUAAAUGGGCUCACUAGAGCUUAUUACUAUAUAGUAAGCACAACUUCAGUCAUUUACAUUUAUCCUGGUUAAGACCUACGGCUUGUAAAGAAUGGAUUUGCGAAAGACUGAUUUGACUCUGAAAUCUAAUGGUAAAAUGCUUUUAGAUUAUGACUGUUUUUAUUCUGCUGACAUGGAUUUUGUCAAUGAAUGCUGGCUGACCCGUUGUUAAAUCAUAAUUGGAGGUGAGGUACUUUCAAUAAUUGUCCUCUCAGACCAUGGGAUACUGAUAUGAUUCAUAAAUUAUUCUAAAGUAAGACUUAAGAGCAUUGCAUUAUUUAUUUUUGUAUCAAAUAAGAAAAAUAUAAAUCGUUAAUACUAUGUCGAA